GAAUUGUCCUGCACAACUCUUGUCCUUACCUCUGCACAGGCCAGGCCAAAGAGCUGCCUGCAUAGAGAAGAAUGUGUCCAAGCUGUCUUAUAAGCAGAUGAAACCAUUUAGAACAAAAGAAUGAAGAAAGAAUCCCAAACUUUAGUCACAAUCCGUUUUCUAAAUCAGUGUAUUUGUGCUUUCUCCUUAAUGCAGAACUGUGAAAUGGCUCUAAAUAGAUGCGACAGAUAAUGAGUGGAAAAGCAAAGUAAUAUUAACCAUUGAGAGAUCUUUAGUAUUAUAAAGAAAUUGCUUUUCCUCAGUAGGUAAAGCUUAGUGAUCUAAAUCACUCAGUAAAAGGAGGAGACACUUGGCAGCUUGGCACCAGUGCUAAUGAAGCCAAUAGCCUACCCUGCUUUCUCCAUUUGUCUGGCUCUCGUUUUGGCCAGAUUCCUUGGCAUACACAUCAGUUUUGUGAGAAGUGAGAAGAACUACACACUAAUUUUCACUAAGGUAAACACAAUUUGCAACUGCAGCUGUUCCAUGCCUAUCCGUGACUGCGAUUACUGCCUGGCAAACUUGAUGUGCAACUGCAAACCAGUGCUGCUUUCUACCAUGGGAAAAAAUACCUACAACAGCUACCUGACAAAUUGGUUCACAGACACCUCUGUGCUGGAGAUGGUCCUCAACUUCACAGUUGAGGUGUGGAAUUUGAAGCUGUCCUUCUGUGGGACCACUCCCCCAAUGGAAUAUCUGGCCAUUUGGGGACUUUGAAAGCUCCAGAUAAACAAGGUCAAGGGACAAUUUCUAGAGCAGAGUCUAACUGUCUCCAGCAGCGGCAACAAUGACAAAGAAGAGCGCUUGCAUAACAAAGACAGGCAAAUGCUUUCACAUAUUUCUUUUCUGGAUACCUCACUUCUCAAUGGAUAUUCAUUGCUGAAGUCAUACAGUGUGGAUGUCUCUAGUAACAUUAAGCACUUUCCCGGCCUGCUGUACUCUGAUGUUUUCUCAACUUCAGACAAGGAGAGCUAUGUUGUAACAUUCAUUUACUGAGUUAUUUAACACUGUAGUGAGAGGCAUGGGAGUAGUGAGAGGCAUGGGAGGCUGCUAAGAGUGAUGAGAUGCCUUUAAGUUUGUCUGGUUUGUCCAGGAGGAUGUGUUAAGGGACUGUGAGAGAACUCCACAAGGAGGUGUUUGAAGUGAGAGACUCAUUAGAAUAAUUCAGCAAAGUCUUUCUUAAAGAACAAAGUAAAUGUGAAACAACUGUUU